CGGAGGUCCCCAAAGCCACCGGCUGGCCCCAAUGCAUCCUCACAUAAGUGCGCAGAUCCCGGGCUUGGGGUGCGACGGCGGUCUCACGUGGAAGCGGAUUGCGGACCCCUGGCAAAUUGUGGAGCUGGGGGAAGGAUUCAAGAUGGAUUGGCAUCAAAGUUCACUUCUUUAACAAAAGUGCUUUAUGGCUUUAAUAAAAUGUUAGAGAAUGGUAGGAUCUGUGGAAGCCCUUUACAAAAACUUGUGAUAGGAAGUUUUGAUGAUGAGCAGACUUUGCAACAACUGGAAUUGCAAAAGGAACCAAUUUUACAAUGCUUCCAGAGUGCAGUUAGUGAAAAAGAUGAAGGUAUCAGUCUUCUCCCAGAGAGUGAAAAACAGGAGGGUGAAGAGGAUGGUUCAGAGACAGAGGCUGAUGGCCAGGAGGACCUAGAAGAUUUAGAGGAGGAGGAGGAAGUGUCAGAUAUGGGUGGUGACAAUCCUGAAGUGGGUGAGAGAGCUAAAAACUCAAGCAAAUUCGAUCUGAGGAAAAACCCAGUUUUCAGUGAUGAGGAUUCUGACCAUGACUUUGGUAUCGGCAAACUGGAACAGCAGAGCAAGGUGCAAAACAAAGGACAUGGAAAACCAAGAGAAAAGUCCAUAGUAGACAAGAAAUUCUUCCAACUCUCUGAAAAGGAGGCCGAUUUAGAAAACAGGGAAAAAGAAGAGGAACAAAAAGAUGAUAAUGAUGAUGAGGUGGAAGAUACUGAUUUUUUUGAAGAUACUGAUUCUGAUGAAGAUGAGGGGGGACUGUUUGGAAGUAAAACACUUAAGUCAGGUAAAAGUUUCAGAAAUGUGAAGUACAGCUUUUUUGAUCCAGUCGAAAGUGAUGAAGACAUAGCAAGUGAUCAUGAUGAUGAGCUGGGUUCAAAAGAUGAUGAAAUUGCUGAAGAAGAAGCAGAAGAACUAAGCAUUUCUGAAAUGGAUGAAGAUGAUGACCUGGAAGAAAGUGAAGACAGUAAACAAUGUAAAGACAGCUUGAAAAGAGUGACCUUUGCUUUGCCGGAUGAUGAGGCAACUGAAGAUGCGGGUGUUUUAAAUGUAAAGAAAAAUUCUGAUGAAGUUAAAUCCUCUUGUGAAAAAAAACAGGAAAAGAUGGACCAAGGACCAGCUUUUCUAACUUCAAAUAUUAUGUGCAACAUUAGCAUCUAUCUGCGUAAAACUAUCUGCAUAAAACUUCAAAUGCCUUAUCCUCCAGGUUUCUUGAUGACUUUCAAUAAUCAUUUCCUUUAUAAUAGCUUAUCACCACACAACUUUCUAGCUACCUCACCCAUGACAAAUUCUAGACCUUAUAAUCAGUACUCAUAUCAUUUCUAAAAUCUCUAUUUUAAACAUGUAUUUUUAAAAAUCUCCAGUUAUGACCUUUUCCGGUGGGUUCUUCUUUAUAAAAGUUCUGGUUAUUUUGAAGUCCUAAUUUAAGUGGUGGAUAGUUUGUGUUCAUGGUUAAGUGUAUCCUGUGAACAGUUUUUUUUUUUUUUUUUUUUUUUUGAGACAGAACCAAGUCUCACUCUGUCACCCAGGCUGG